GCCAGCGCAAAAUGGGAAGCUACUGUCAAGGAGGAGCAGAUUAUUCAGGCUGCAUACACGCCUUUGGACGAGAUGAAAAAGUGCUACAAUGUGUUCGACGAGUGGGCUGCUUGUUAUGCUCUUUUCCCUCAGCUAAACUCAGUGUACAGAUACGGCGGACCAAAGGAUUGCUCAACAAAGUUCAACGAUUGGAAGUUUUGCCUGACUCUCAAGGACCUUUCUGCUGAACAGAGGAGGGAAAGGUGGCUGAGGCAUCGCGCUGAACAAGUGGCCAAGAUGCGUCUUGAAGGAAGCUCGGAAGACUUUUGGGAAAUGAGGCGAGACCCUUUGGUCGAUCCCAAGUUUGAAGAC